UCAUUCAAAGUGUGAUGGCGCUGAAAGCUGAAAAUUGCCCUGACUGGAAGGGGGGGAAAGUGUCCAGACUGGAAGGGGGUGAAAGUGUCCGGACUGGAAGGGGGGGAAAGUGUCUGGACUGGAAGGGGGGGAAAGUGUCCGGACUGGAAGGGGGAGAAAGUGUCCGGACUGGAAGGGAGGGGGGGAAAGUGUCCGGACUGGAAGGGGGGGAAAGUGUCCGGACUGGAAGGGGGGGAAAGUGUCCGGACUGGAAGGGGUGAAAGUGUCCGGACUGGAAGGGGGGGGAAGUGUCCGGACUGGAAGGGGGUGAAAGUGUCCGGACUGGAAGGGGGUGAGGUCCGGAGGGGAAAAAGUGUCCGGACUGGAAGGGGGGAAAGUGUCCGGACUGGGGGGUGAAAGUGUCUGGACUGGAAGGGGGGGGGGGAAGUGUCCGGACUGGAAGGGGGGGGGACUGGAAGGGGGUGAAAGUGUCCGGGGGGGGAAGUGUCUGGAAGGGGGUGAACUGGAAGUGUCCGGACUGGAAGGGGGUGAAAGUGUCCGGACUGGAAGUGGGGGGGGGAAGUGUCCGGACAGGAAGUGGUUGAAAGUGU